GAGGACUUCCCGGAUGGCGGGAAAGAUGCCUGGGCCGUCGUCCUCGGCGCGUGCCUCGCGUUGUUUGCGUCUGCGGGGAUGGUGAACUCAUAUGGGACGUUCCAGGACUACUACGAAGCAACAUUGCUCCCGGAUUCUUCGUCAUCCACCGUCGCCUUCAUCGGAUCCCUGCAGAUCUUCUUCCUGUAUGCCGUUGGAACCCUCACCGGAAGGGUGUUCGACGCCUAUGGAACGAAGUACCUGAUCCCUGCAGGAACAUUCAUCACCGUCUUCUCGCUCAUGAUGAUGUCGCUGUGCGAGGAGAACCAAGCGUACCAGGUCUUUUUCUCACACGGCGUCCUCUUCGGUUUUGGUAUCGCGUUGUUGUUCAACCCCGCCGUCGCCGUCCUCGGGCACUGGUUCAAGAAACGGCGCGCGCUUGCAAUCGGGCUCACCACCGGAGGCAGCGCAAGCGGCGGCGUCGUUCUUCCCAUCAUCCUCGAAAGGCUGAUCCCCAUCGUCGGGUUCGGCUGGGCCGUCCGCAUCGUCGGCUUCAUUCUCCUCGCCUGCCUCGUCGUCUCUUGUGUUACCAUCCGCACGCGGCUGCCGCACUCGGGUCAACUCUCCUUCCGUACCGCAAUCGACCUCGGCGGGUUCCGCGACCCGCGGUACGCCUUGGCGGCUAUCGGCGCGUUUUUGUUGUUCUACGGAUUCUUCAUCCCGUACUUUUACAUCAAGAUCUAUGCCGACUUCCGUGGAGUCCCGCCGCACAUCGCGAAGUACCUCCUCGCGAUUAUGAAUGCGACGAACAUCCCGUCGCGGAUUCUGCCCGGGUACAUCGCGGACAAGACCGGGCCUCUAAAGGUGUUCGUCCCUGCGGCCGCGAUAUGUAGUGUCCUGUUGCUUGGACUGUGGCUGCCGUCGCGCAGCUCAGCGUCGAUUAUCGCGUUCGCGGCACUGUACGGUCUUUUCUCAGGCGCGUUCGUCUCCCUCCUGCCGACGUACAUUGCAUCUAUCUCGCCUCGCGAGAAGCUGGGUGCUCGCCUAGGCUCGGUAUACAUGGUUGUUGCUGUCGCCUCACUUGUUGGCACGCCCACGGGCGGAGCUCUGCUGAAGACGACGGACGAGAAGCACUUCCGCAACCUCAUCGUCUUCUGCGGCGCCCUGAGCGUCGCGGGCACGCUGGUGAUGAGUAUGGCGGGCAUG